AGGACCUAGAAAUACAAUAACAUGUAGGAAAAGUUUAUUUUAAUGUUUAUAAUUGUAUGCAUGAUGUAUUUGAGCGACAUAUUUUUAAAGGUGUUGAAGUAACAAGUGUAAAUUCAAAGAAACAUAAAUGUGAUUUCACAUUUUGUUGAGUUUAGUACAAUGGAAAAUGGUACAAGUAAAAAAGAUCUUUCUUUCGAUGACAUUUAUGACUGGAGUAUAAAAAAAGCAAAAACGUACUGCGACCAAACAGUUUUAAAACAGGAGUAUCCAGGGGAUGGUAAUUUGUACUGUAAUGCGACAUUUGACGGGUACAGCUGUUGGAACUAUACAAAAGCUGGAACAAGAGCAUACGGAGAGUGUCCACAAUUUUUCAUUUAUGAGUUUGGUCGUACUGAUUCAUUGCCUUUUAAAGAUUGUAAUAAAGAUGGGACUUGGUUUCGUCACCCAGAAACAAAUACUACAUGGUCAGAUUACACAAGUUGUGCCGAGACGAUAAAAGCUCGGAGAGCAAACACAGUUUUGUAUGUAUACUUCAGUGGUUAUGUCCUCUCUAUGGUCUCAUUGGUACUGGCUUUAUGCAUUUUUUGUUGCUUCAGACAACUGAAAUGUACACGGGUGUCAAUACACAAGAAUAUGUUUAUGUCGUAUAUUCUGGCAGCCAUACUAUGGAUGUCCUACUAUUUAUCCAGUUCCCUACAUCCAGAUGUUCUCGAUGAAAACCCAAUUUGGUGCAGACUCUUACAUAUACUUGCUCAGUAUGCGACUUCAUCAAAUUAUGCUUGGAUGUUUUGUGAAGGGCUUUAUCUUCAUACUGUUUUGAUCCUAGCAUUUAUCAACGAGAAACAUGUGCUCAUCCUGUGCAUUAUAACUGGAUGGGUUUUUCCAAUGAUACAGACAGUUAUCUACUUUGUAAUACGUGUCACAUCAUCAGAAAUUAAUAAGUUAUGUUGGCAUGGUCAAACGAAUCUGCAGUGGAUUUUCUUAGGACCUAUUGCUUUAUGGCUGGCAUUAAAUACGUUUUUCCUGGUGAAUAUUUUACGUAUUCUAUGCACAAAAGUGAGCUCAAUGAGACAGUCAAAUCCACUUAGACAUACCCUUAGGGCAACACUUAUAUUAAUUCCACUAUUGGGAAUCCAAUUUGUUGCAAUUCCAUUUAGACCUGUAGGUCACGAAGAUUUUCUUUAUGCUUACAAUUUAUUGUCAGCGAUUCUUGUUUCAUUCCAGGGAUUUUUUGUUUCGCUCUUGUUCUGUUUCUUUAAUGGUGAGGUAAUUCUUCUUCUUAAAAGUCGGCUUGGAGUUCAUAGGCAGCGGAAAAUGAGUCGUUCGGAUACAGCAAGAAGUUCAAUGUACAUUCAGUUAUCAAGUAAUAAUAACGCGUCUCGACCAAAAUUGUCGAUUUGCAGUGCUGUCGUUAAAACAAAUGAUGAAACAUGUGUUAAACUUGUAACUGACACAAAAUCAGAUGAGAACCCUCCAGACGAUUUUAUUGAAAGCAAUGUUUAAGUCAUAACAUCACGUCUCUAAAAACUGUGAACACUGUGUACAUGUUAUAAUGUAUACAAACCAAUUUAAAUAUAUACAAGACUGAUGACAAACACUGGCGGAAGUUGGAAUGAAGUGUAUAAUUGUCUCGGAUAAUAUUACUCGAUAUAAAGGUAUGCUUCACAAAUCACCGCAUGUGUGUAUGAAUUGUGAAACAAAACGCUACCAAAUAAAGCAGAUGAAAAUUACACAAAUAUGAAUUUUAGUGGCUGGUAUCACAAAUGAUUACAAAAGUGUUGAAAUGAUAAUGACAGCUCAUUUAAAACUUAAUAGUUGACUAUUUGGUAAAUCAGUGGCUAGACUUGCCAGAAUAUUGGACUACUCUACCUUGCAUGAUUCUUAUAAUAAUCGCUGUAAGAUGUUAACUCUUUUAUUUAUCCAGAAAAAGUACUAACUAUAUUUUCUCAUCCCAAAACCUUUCCGAUACAAACUUAAACUUUAUCAUGUUUUAAAAAAUCAAUGAUUAUUUGUGUGAGGGCUGGUAAAACAAUUUUGUUUAUAAUGCUUUCGAAAUCAAAUACAUUGAAAAAAUGAUGAGGCACAAUAAGAGCAAUUAUGUGAUCUCUCAAUUUACAAAUAAAUGUACAAGUCUUUCAAUCCGUUCAAAUAUUUUUUAGUUUGAUCGAUAAAUGUAUAGGAUGAUAUGAACUGGACACUUAUUUCGUAAUAUCAGUUUUGUUUGUCACUGUGACGUUAUUAAUAUAUUGGAAGUGACAUAUUUGACCAAAGAUGGCCAUUUUUCAAAAAAUUAAAUGUGAGCUACUGUUUUUUCAAAAUAUAUGUAAGCCCUACUAACAGCUUGGUAUGAGACAUCUAGAAAAUUAUCUUUCUGAAUUAGACCUUGGCUUAUACAUCAAUAUUAAUGACAGGCGUAAAAAUUUGCUCCAAAAGUCAAUAUACCACUGUCUAAGUUGAAUAUUUCUCAUGUUGGGGAAAAUCAGCGUACCUUUUUUUUUUCUGAAAUCCGAUUUCUUUCUGUUGCAAGAGUAAAAUAAUAAAAUUUAAAUGGCAUUUCAGAAAAGCUAUCUUUUUAUUAUGAUAAUUCAAUUCAUGGAAGUAAAUUAAGAACUUACCGGAAAUUUAAAGUUGAGUAUGAAUUUGAAAAUGAUCUCUUACUAAAUUUAGAUACAACAGUUAUGCAAUGUUUGCCAAAAUAAGAAUAAGGAAUACUAGUUAAGCAAUUUGUCGUUAAAGUAGACAGCUUUAGAAAAAUAGAAGAUGUCCUCAAUGUUAUAAGAAGUUAGGAGAUGAAUUCUAUUUUGUAAUUAUGUGUCCAAACCUAAAUUAGUUUAGAUUCAUACUAUUUCUGAUACUGUUCCUUGAGCCAACACAAUGAGUUAUGAAGUGAUGACAAUAAAUUUCAAUAUCUCUUAUGUGUGCGAAAUCUUGCAUCUUAAAGAUUAUUGUUAUUGAUAUUAUUGAAAUGUAUGAUAGAAACAAUCUUAAUACUUGGACAUGACUUGUGUAUUUACAUGUUUGAUAUUAUAUGUAUAUUAAUAAUGAAUUUUCCGCCGUUUUAGCAUAUGACUUAUAUAUUUUACUAUUAGGCAGCAAUCACUUCUUCAUCCCUUGUCUAACUUUAUAUAUAAUGCUAUUUUGGGAGGAGGCAUAUUUUCACACAAGAAAAACAUUUGUCACAUGUAAUAUUUAUGUUUAUAUCAUUAUUUAUUUUAUUUUGCUUUGUGUUAUAUUGUAAUGUUUCAUAUCUGUUUGUUGGUUUUUAAUCCGAAUGUUUGGAUUUUCCAAAUUAAAAUUCUUGCUACCUUG